CUGAUGACCCGGAUGUUGAUAUGAUAGCAAAUUCGGUUAUUUCCCCGGCCAGGCUUCAAUGAAGUUUUUAGCAUUUUUAGGCCACUUCACAUUCAUAUAUAUCAUUAUAUUAUAACUAGAUGCCGGGAAAAAAAAACACAUUUGUGUCUGAGAUUUUUCAUAUACCCGCAACAGAAUCUACAAUCAGGAAAUUGUAAACAUGACUGAAGAGGGGCAACAGCCAACAGCAAUGAAAACCACCGCCGACACGAGCCUGAAUAGACAUGAAUCGCAGAGGCCCAACCCUGGGAAGACGCCUAUACAAAUCCUACAUGAAUACGGCACCAAGACUGGGAACAUUCCUGUGUACGUGAUGGAGAAGGCUGAAGGAGAGGCGCACCAGCCCAGCUUCGUCUUCAGCGUGAAAAUCGGAGACGUUAGCUGCACAGGUCAAGGUCCUAGUAAAAAGGCUGCUAAACACGAGGCUGCAGAGGCUCUCAUGAAUAUUCUGCAGAUAGAUGCGGAUGCAGUGAACGUGCCUGUGAAGUCUGAGAGUAACGGUGCUGCGGCAGAAAUGAAUAACCAUGCCAACUCGGUGGGAACCCUGCAGGAGUUAGCUCUGCGGAGGGGAUGGCGUCUUCCUGAAUACACAGUUUUAACGGAGGCUGGUCCACCACAUAAGAGAGAAUUCACCGUUACCUGUCAGAUGGAGUCCUUGUCAGAGAAGGCUGUGGGAUAUUCAAAAAAGGCAGCAAAGAAGGCAGCUGCGGAGAAAAUGGUGGCAAGGCUCCAAAGUCUGUCAGGCUCUUCUGAAAUCACAUGGACUCCUACACCAAGUGUCCGAUUUGAGAACUUAAGGAACUCGUCAGCAGAGAAGAUGUCCUUACUUAGGAGAAACCCGCUGAGCAUUCCCAACACAGAUUACAUUCAGAUGAUUUUGGACCUGUCCAAGGAGCAGGGCUUUGAGGUCACGUACUUUGACAUUGAUGAGCUGACUGUAAACGGCCAGUACCAGUGCCUGGCUGAGCUGUCCACCUCGCCGGUCACUGUGUGCCACGGCACAGGCAUUUCCUGUAGCAACGCUCACAACGACGCAGCACACAACGCCCUCCAGUACAUCAAGAUCAUGGCCUCCCUCAAGUAAAACCAUCACAGUCUACAUUUUCUUCACCUCCAUUGUCCCAUAUAUGAGCUGCAGAUUGUUCUUUCCACUAGUCUUCCCAGCCGUGGACAGUGUGAAGUCCAGGUAUAUUUUUAUAAUUCUCUAUAUCACAAAGCAGAUCAUGCUCAACAAUAACUGAAGUUACAUUAACUUGAGUCAGAUAACAUUAGAGCAGUACUUGUGAGAAGACAAACUGUCAGCGUUAAGAAUCAGAAUCUAAAUUAUGUCUUCAGGUUGUACUGUCAUGUUUUACUUGAAAGGAUCAACAUAAGCACUUAAGCGCACGUGGAGAUGCAGUAGGAACAGCAGGAAGCACUUCCUCGUGACCUUUUUAGACACGCCGUUUAAGCUGUCAGUGCUUUUCCUGCCUGCAUCUUUUCAGUGCUGAUUUUAUUGGAAUUUUUUCUCUUUUUAUCAGUCAGGAUGCAGAUGUUUUUUUAGGUUUCACUUAUUUAUUUAUAUUUUUAUUGCACAUAGGAAUAUAUUGAGAGCUUAAUGUGGUAGACAGCCAAUAGAGGACACCGAGCUAUUAAAUUCCUCGCCUCUCUUAAAUCAACAAAAGUUACCUUAAGAUGUAUUUGUAUCAAAAAAGAGAUUAUUUAGGCUGUUCAUAUAUUUUUCCUACUUCCACUUUUCUGUCUGUCAGUAUUCAUACAACCAUACAUCCCCUGCUGUCCUUGUCUGGUUGACUUAUUACAUAGAUGUAAUGUUUUACAUUAUAUUCCCAUUUUGCUGGUCUGUUAGCUUUGUUCUUUCUCAGUGUGUGCCUCACAGGACCGUGUGAUAUAUUUAAUAAAUUUGAAUAAACUGAACCCUGAUGGCAGAGCAGAAACAACAUCUACAUGAAUCCAUAAAAUAAACACUAAAUGUUAA